UGAGGGGAAGAGUGGAAACUUCACAAAGCAGAGGAACUGAUAGUGGUGACCUUACUAAUUUGUCUGCUAUUAUCAUAUUGCAGUUUACUUGCGUCUGAUUGAGUGGAUUUACUUUAUAUUAUCUGCUUUUAACUAAGUCUUCACACCAUGAACAAGUGGCUUAAAGAUUUGUACAAAGAAACCAUGGAUUGAAGAUAAUUCUAACACAACAAACAAUAAAGCGGUAGAGCUGUCAUUUCUCCUAGUAGGAGCUCUUUGUCACAUUUCAAGUCAAAUUCAUCCGAGAAGUAACGCCAUAUAUCAAGAAGCCAUCAUUAGUAUCAGAUCUGCCAUGGGAAGGUGCAGCUCCCCAGUCACCAAGCUUUAGUGGCAGUGAAGACUCUGGUUCUCCAAAACACCAGAACAGCACCAAGGACAGGAAGGUCAUUCCUCUCAAAAUGUGCUUUGCUGCUAGAAACCUAAGCAUGCCGGAUCUGGAGAACAGAUUGAUAGAGCUACAUUCUCCCGAUAGCAGGAACACAUUGAUCCUACGCUGCAAGGAUACAGCCACCGCACACUCCUGGUUCGUAGCUAUCCACACCAACAUUAUGGCUCUCCUCCCACAGGUGUUGGCUGAACUCAAUGCCAUGCUUGGUGCAACCAGUACAGCAGGAGGCAGCAAGGAGGUCAAGCAUAUUGCCUGGCUGGCAGAACAGGCAAAACUAGAUGGUGGAAGACAACAGUGGAGACCUGUUCUCAUGGCUGUGACUGAGAAGGACUUGCUGCUUUAUGACUGUAUGCCAUGGACAAGGGAUGCCUGGGCAUCACCAUGUCACAGCUACCCUCUUGUUGCCACAAGGUUGGUUCAUUCUGGCUCUGGAUGUCGAUCACCCUCCCUUGGUUCUGACCUCACGUUUGCUACCAGGACAGGCUCUCGGCAGGGCAUUGAGAUGCAUCUCUUCAGGGUGGAGACACAUCGGGAUCUGUCCACCUGGACCAGGAUACUCGUUCAGGGUUGCCAUGCUGCUGCUGAGCUGAUCAAGGAAGUCUCUCUAGGCUGCACAUUAAAUGGCCAAGACGUGAGACUCACUGUCCACUACGAAAAUGGGUUCACGAUCUCCAGGGAAAAUGGAGCCCCCAGCAGCUUGCUGUACCGCUACCCCUUCGAAAGGCUGAAAAUGUCUGCUGAUGACGGCAUCAGAAAUCUGUAUCUGGAUUUUGGUGGUCCUGAGGGAGAACUGACCAUGGACCUGCACUCUUGUCCGAAGCCGAUUGUAUUUGUGCUGCACACGUUCUUGUCGGCCAAAGUCACUCGCAUGGGACUGCUUGUAUGAGCAGCAAGAAUCAGAAAAGAGCCUUGAAUGUCACAAGAAGUAUUUUCACCUCAAAAAAAAAAAAAAUAGCACAAAAAGAAAGCUCUUUGCUCUCCUCCAGCACAGUGCCUUGACAAGGACCUGCGAAUCACUGCUGAACCCCAACCACGUUUAAAGAGGAGCCUGCCUUUCACAAGCUACCGUGGCCAGAAUUUCUAGGCUCUAAUGAGCUCCAAAAGGAAGCUGUUGACUUAUUGUUAGUUUCCUAAUGUGGUUUCUAAGUAAUUGGGUUUAAUUCUCCUGUUAAGAAGGUGGCUCAUUGUUUUUCUUUAUGGACAUAGUAAAAUAUCCAAGAAGUGGGGGUUUUUCUUCUUCCUGUAGGAUUUAUUUCAGACUAAGCUUUGAUCUCUUGCUUAGGAAGACUGUCUCUUCCCAGGUGCUAGUUUCCAGCAGCCCCUGCUUCUUGGUCAUUCCAGAUACGUUGUACGUUGUGAUGGAGUUUACUGUGCACACUUGCUCCUCCCGCCCUAGGAAGUCCUCGAGUUGUAUCACCAAAGCGCUCUUCCAUGUGUCCUGGCUCUCGCUAAGUCCCCCCACCCCCGCCAUCCCUUCCCACUGCACCACCAGCUUUGCCAUUUCUCAGUGCUAACGUUAGGACUUAGAACUUGCAGAAUUUGAUUUGCCUUGCCUUCCACUCCCUUUCUGGUGGUGACCAAGUUGAAGAGCAAGUCAGAACCACUGCAUUGAAAGAAAAUACUUGUUUGAGUUUUCUGAUUUUACCUUUGGUAGGAGCCAGGGGAUGUGGUAAGAUUUAUUUUAAAAGAAAAUCCUUAUUUUAUUUUUUCCAUGACCUAAUAAUUGAUAUUUGCUUUAAUGAAAAAAUCCUCAUGUUAGCCUAAGCCAUUUUUUAUUGCUUACCAAAUGUGCCUUUGGUUGGGGUUCGUGGAGCUUUAUUAUUUGAAUAACUGGAUAUCACUGCCAUCCCAGGGAGGUCAUCUGUCCUGGUGUUAGAACAGCCUGCGGCAGCUCUCCUUAGUGCUGUCUUUUCUCGUGGGCAGAGAUCAUUGAGAAAGAUACAUCCUGAAGAGCAAGCUUGUUUCAAGAGGAGAAUUUGUGGGUGAAGCCAGAUUUGCAGCACAAAUUGUCGAGUUGCUUUAGGCUCUGUUCCCCCAUGUAGGACCCUGGCCCUAGCCCUCUCCCCAUGCGGCAGCAGAGUGGUGUGGACAAGCAGCUGCUAGCUCCAGACUCAGUGUCACUUAGUAACCCCUCCUACAGUGAGCGGGGUGAGGAGACCAUGGACGGAGGCCUGGGUUUUGCUAAGCACUGCCAGAUGUCAUCAUUAGGACACAUUACAGUAAGAUUGCUGAUUUUGUGGUACUGGAGAAUACACUCAGUUGUUAUUUAUAAUCAUGAAGGAGGUGCAUAUCUGAAACCAUUUAAAAUAGUGUAAUAGCUGUAUAAGAUGUCAACAUCAGCACAGUCCCUGGAACUGAAAGAGAAGGUAAUAGUGAGUUGGCUGUUCUCCGUGUUCUCUGAAGAAAGGUCUGGGGUUAGUUCUCAUUUACUGUGUUUAUCAGGAGUGCCUAGAGGAUGUGAGCACUACAGAGGGUGGAGGAGGGCAGCACUCCCAAUAGGAAAAGAAAGCACAGCGGUGUGUGCAGCACACAGCUAUUUGGUGUGAGUGCAGACUGACACAGGUGGGAUGUGAAAGAACCGACUCGAGCAGGAAGUUCUAGUUAGACAUUGUGAGCCCAUUGUCUUCACUCCUUCCCCGUGUUCAGUGAGAUUAACCACAGGCAGAGGCUGGGGAGAGAUAUCUGUUCUUCCUCACCACUGGUCCCAAAAAUGAACUGUCUGAUCCUCUUAAAACUGGAAAUUGAAAUCUAGACUAGAAUAUGUCUUUCAAGAGCUUUUUAUGUUUUGAAAAUUCACAAGCCCAAGUUUGGUUCCAUCUGGAGUAAGUUGACAAGUUAGGGAAGAAAAAAAAAAUACCUUGAAGGUCCAGCUGUGAUUUCUGGAAGAAGAAUUUGAAUACAUAACCCUUAGAUAGGGAAGCUUAGACCUUUGCAGUGAAAGUAUUUAUCUGAGAAGAUGAACGAUGUAGUCACAGACUUUUGCAGCAAAGCCAUUUGGUUGAGGUUUUCUAUUAGUGUGAAAGGCUAAGCCACUGAAAAGAUUUUCAGGGGGAACUUCUGAGCCACCUGCUCAAUGGUUAUAUGAAAAGAUCUGUAAAAAAGGUGUAAAUUAAACGUGGGAAGGAGAGGUAAGGCGGGUGUGCACUUCAACCCCUUUGUUCAAGCUUAAACUGCCAUGGAUAGCCCCAAGGUCCACAGGGUUUUUACUAUUUAAUAGGGUUUUGAGUCUUGAUGUGGAGUGAAUUGAUGGGAGGUUUCCUGUGAUCACUUGCGCCCCCAAAGAGCAAGAGCCCUUAAGCUGCUUGUUUAACAAACUUCAGCAGCUUUCCAACCAUGGAUGACCAGGUUGUUCUUCGAUUAAGUGUGUUUGUGGGAUUUUCAAACCACAAAUGAAGUACUUUUUGUGAAUGAGACAGCCUUGAUAAAUAUGUGCAUAUCUUCGACCCACAGUUGGGAAUAUGAGGAGGGCUGACUCUAUCCACUGCUCUACACUGUUUUAUAUAAGGGACUUGCGCAUCCGUGGAUUUGGGUCCUGCAACCAAUCCCUAGUGAAAACCAAGGAACGAAUGUAGUUAAGGUUUUAGGGAGCCAAAGUUAAUUUGUGGAUUUUCGACUGCCUGGGGAGUUGGCACCCCUAAUCCCCACGUUCUUCAAGGAUCAAUUUGUACUUUGUAUUUAGAUGCCAAAAUAUGGCAAAUUAUUUUCAAAUGAUAGCUAAAAAUAGGCAUUUUUCAUAUUUCACAUCUUUUACAGAACAGCUAAUUUUUCAUUUCUUUUUUAUUCUGAAUUAGGAAAAUUAUUGAGAAUGUUGUGGGCUUCCAGGUGUAGAAUGUAAAGGAAUUGCAGAGUAUUGUCCCCCUCAUUCUGAUGGACCACUUUCAGUGCCCCCCCAGGACCUGGGCCUAGACAUCUUCUCCAUAUUCCACACAGAUGCCUAUCAAAGAAAAGGCUCAGUUAUUAUUUUUCUGAAAAAGGUAAGUUCUUUUCUGAAGUCAUCAAAUGAACCUUACCUGGAAAUUAGUAUCUAAUAUUUUAUAUGAAGAAAUACUUUAAUGUAUGUUUAUACAGUAUUUAUAAGAUAUUUGUAACUGUAAACUCACCUACCUAGUAGACAGAGUUUCAGGUUAAAUAUUGGGACAUGUACAGGCAAUCAAAAUAUUACUUUAAAUGUCAUUCACUUAUUUUAAAGCUAUGUUUUAGCACUUUUUAUGCUAGGUAAGUCUGACAGUGCCUGUUUUUAUCAUCUGUAAUCUCACAAACUUUGUUAUUGAAAUUGCAUGGCAGGAGAGAUUGAAUUAUUUAUUUCUUACAUUUUUAUAAGUGGAAAAAUCUCUCCAACCAACAAAUGAUUAAAGUUGUUACUGAUUAUUUGUUCUCUUAUCCUCCUAAGCAGAAUGAUAACAAAGUUUUUUUUUCAGCUGAUUAAAUGCACUUAGCUAAUAAACCAAAAUUUAUUUAAAAAAAAAAAAAAGCUGUGUGGAAUCUGGAUAAGAUUAUGUUUCUUCCAGAAAAACAAAUUAGUGCAAAUGCUUUUGAUGGAUAAGUGUGACCACUUUUGAGAAAAGGUUAUGAUAGAUUUUUUUAAUUUUCUGAGAACCUCCAGGUCUUCGUUUUUAAUUUAUAUGCAUGUGGGUAAUUUGUGUGUGUUUUCAAAAACAUGGAAGAAUCUCCAUAUUUUUUAAUGCAAAUUAUCUUGUAAGCUGCUAUGCAAAUUGUAUUAAAAGGCCUACCUACUAAAAAAGUUAAACAUUUUUGAAGCUUCAGGGAAGACCUGUAGACUUAAGCACUUUCUCUGCUUUUUUGUAUCUUGUCUUAGAUACGCUUUAUUAUGUUAUUGUUUUCACUGGUUAUAAGCUAUUGAUUGUACAUAAUAUUUAAAUCAUCCAAAUAUCCAGCAUACAUUUCCAUGUUGUUGCCAUCCACUAUCGACACCAUGAGUGAAAUGGCUGGUUGGAAAGCCAAAGUUCAUGCUUUUACAAUCCUUAAUGAAGAAGUAAAAUGCCAGAUCUCUUUGGUCUCAAAACAUUGUUCUGGUCUGAUCUGACUAUCUGUGUAAGAAGAGAGACUUCUUUAAAUUUGGGAUGCUUAAACUUUUAAGUUGAAUUUGACUAUAGUCAUACUUUACUUAUAUAUUUUUGUCAAGUAUGUUAUGUGGCAGGUGAUAUUAUACUCUACCUUGAGUUUGGAAGUUUCUUUCAGUUAAAUUUGAAUUGUUAUUAUGGCCUCUGAAGAUGAAGACAAAGGAAUCUGCCAUCUGCUGCCAUUCUUUCUCUGUGUCUCGAUUUUAAUUGCUUGGAAAUCUAGAAUUAUUUUGACUUUCUAUAUACCGUCUUUAAAAACCUACACAGCAGACUCCCCCCUCCCUUCCCCUUUUUAAGCUACAUCUUCGUGCUGAGUAUAUAGACACUUGAUAAAUGUGUCAUGUUAGUUCUAAAAUAAUUAUGCUUUAUAUCAGGAUUAUGUUUUCUUGAUCAAUAUAGCUAUUCUCAUGGUGAAAUUUAUUUUAUACUAGUAAUAGACUGCUUAAGUGGCUGAUUUGAAAACCUUUCUCUAAAAAAACAAAAUUAUCUGGCAGAUAAUUGAUAUAAGUUCAUCCUAUGAAAGGAUCAAAUUUCAAGUUAAGGUAAAGUACAAUAAGUAGGCAUAUAGAGCAUAUCUGUUUCCUUGUCUCUUUUGAUACUAGCUAAACUGCCAACUGGAAGAAUGAUUGUUAUAUAUCAACUAGAAAAAUAUUUUAACAAGAUUUCUUCUAUUGUUUCAAAACUGAUAAACUUGAACUUAA